AUGGGGAAAAGGUCUGCUUUAAUGAUCUUCCUCGCUUUUUCUCUUCUUUUUGUCCUUCAAAACCUCCAAGUUGUAAAUGCCGUCAGGUGUUUCGGAAGCUCCUUCAUCGGCAACAGAAGCUACGUUCAGAAUCGCCGCAAUCUCUUCUCUACUCUCCCUGAUAAAGUCGUCGCCAAUGGUGGAUUCUACAACGCUUCACUCGGGCAAGAUCUCAACGAAGUUCAUGCUCUUGUCCUCUGCGCAAGAGGCUACAAUCCCGAAGCUUGUUUCAAUUGUGUCGAAAAGUUGACUCAGGACACACAAACGAACUGUCUUAACCGCACGGAUUCGUUCAUUUGGGGCAAUGAUGACGUAGACCUUGUUUCUUGUCUUGUACGAUCCUCAAACCACUCAACCUUCGGAAACCUCGAGCUUGGACCUCCUGUUGUAUGGCCAAGUCCAAAUCGUAUAGAGCCAUCUAAAAACAUGACCCUUUUCAUACAAGAAUGGGACGCAACGGCUAAUCGGACCCUCGAGGCGGCCACAAGAGCUGAAAACUCCUCGGUACUCAAGUACUAUAGUGCUGUAGAAGCCGGGUUCACUGAGUUUCCAAAUGUUUACAUGCUGAUGCAAUGCACACCGGACAUAACUUCCAAAGAUUGCGGGAGAUGUUUGGGAGAUUGCGUAGCGUAUUAUAGAGAACAGUUUCGUGGAAGACAAGGAGGCAUGGCUAGUUUUCCAAGCUGUUUUUUCAGGUGGGAUCUAUAUGCUUUUGAUAAUGUAACAAGAGUUCCUGCGCCUCCUCGACCUCAGGUUCAAGAAAAGGGAAACCCUACAACAGACAAGAAAGGAAUAAGCAUUGGGUAUAGGGGAAUUAUCGUGAUAAUUGUGAUAUAUUUUGCCAAAACGACAACUAAUUUGAAACGGAGGGAGUAUAUGUUACGGUUUGAUCUUGGUAUGAUCCUAAUGGCAACCGAUGACUUCUCGUCUGAAAACAAGCUUGGUCAAGGUGGAUUUGGCACGGUCUACAAGGGGACAUUACCAAACGGGCAAGACAUAGCGGUGAAGAGAUUAGCAAAAGGAGAUGAAGAGAUUCUUGUAUACGAGUUUGUACCAAACUCAAGUCUUGAUCACUUUAUCUUCGAUGAAGAGAAACGUUCACUUCUUACAUGGGAGGUGAGGUUCAAAAUUAUAGAAGGCGUAGCUCGAGGUCUAGUUUAUCUCCAUGAAGAUUCUCAGCUGAAGAUUAUUCACCGAGACUUGAAGGCAAGCAACAUCCUUUUAGAUGCAGAGAUGAACCCUAAAGUUGCUGACUUUGGGACAGCAAGGUUGUUCGACACUGAUGAGACUCGAGCUGAAACCAAACGAAUAGCUGGAACACGUGGAUAUAUGGCUCCGGAAUACCUAAAUCACGGGCAAAUCUCAGCUAAAUCUGACGUUUAUAGCUUCGGUGUUAUGCUUCUAGAGAUGAUAAGCGGUGAAAGAAACAAUAGCUUUGAAGGAGAAGGACUUCCAGCUUUUGCAUGGAAGAGAUGGGUUGAAGGAAGGCCUGAGAUAAUAAUUGAUCGCUUCUUGGUAGAGAAGACUCCGAGUAACGAGAUCAUUAAGUUGAUCCAGGUUGCUUUAUUGUGUGUUCAAGAGAAUGCAACAAAGAGGCCAACCAUGAGCUUUGUAACAGUUUGGCUUGGCAGCGAGACUAUCACCAUACCGACACCUAAGGCUCCUGCUUUCACAUGGACUCAAUGCCAAUCUGAAGAUGGUAUAUUGUCAAUGAGCAAAGACGUCUUCACAGAGCUGAGUUCUCGUUGA